AUGAAAUUUGCCAAAACCCUUCAAUCCAAAGUUGUACUAGAAUGGAGCACAAAAUACAUUGACUAUAAAGGUUUGAAGGGGAAGUUGAGAACCGUCGAGCGAACAAAGAGCACCCGAGAGAAUCGUCUGUCUUCCACGACCUUGAGGCGAAGUACUGAUACAAUCAGGAGCUCAAAUGUAUCCGAGCAUCCUAAGCCUCAAGGGCUAUUUUCGAACUCGUCUCAACGUGCCAUGAGCUUGACGAGUAUAGCUGAAAGCACGAGCUCCUUGAUUAACAAAGUCUCCUCCAUGUUGACAAACUGGAAGAAACACUCGGUAGAUUCCACGUUACCUGAACACAACCCGACGCCAAUCGUUAUAACCUCCAUCGAAACAUUAAUGCAUCAAGUUAAUCGUUAUGAACGUGAAUUUUUUAUGAUGCUGAAGGAGGAGCUGGAAAAAGUCGAUCGCUUCUACGAAUCCAAGGAGAAAGAAUCAGUAGAAUCAUUCGAGGUCAUAAAACGACAAUAUUCACGAGGCAGGUGGGCUAAACAAAGUACCGCAGCCGAUGGCCCGACAAUCUCAGGUUCGCCGGACGAACGGCAGCAAAAGGAGGUGAAACAUAAGAAAGUAAAGAAAUUGAUAGAAAAAGCUCUGUUCGAAAUUUACAGGGGCGCCGAAUUGUUGAGAAAGUAUCGGGUCCUCAAUCGGAUAGGCUUUGAAAAAGUAUUGAAGAAAUAUGAAAAGAUCACCAAUGUGAAAGUUAGCAAGUUAUACUUAUCCACCAUCGUCAACGAAAAAAGUUUUGUGAAAUCAAGUAAACUGGAAAAACUCAUUAGAGAGGUUGAGGAUUUCUACUCCGUCCAUUUUGAAGAAGGUUCGCGAAAACGUUCGAUGAGAAAGCUCCAUGUCCCUAACAAGAAGAAUGUCAUUCCCUCCCUGAUGUUUCUGGCGUUAAGUCUCUUCAUGUACCUGACCAUCGAGAAUACCUUUGGCAUUAAUCCAGAGAAUUAUCCCAGAAUACUGGCGCAUGCCAACAAUUGUGUUAAAUCCAGAGCCAUCGGCAUCGACAAAAUAAUUAAUAGAUUAAUGGGCGAUUCCAUCUUAGAAGAGAAAGACCUGCAAGAUUUUUCGAUCGGCACCUUCGAAUCGGAGGGAGAUGACGAUGGGUAUAAAGAUUUCGAAACGAGAAAUGGCAGCGAAAGAUAUGAAUAUAGCGAAUAUGAAGAAUACGAAGACGACAACAACGAUGAAGAAGACAGCUUUAGUGACGAACCGAAAUUCAAAAAAUAUGAUUUUUACACGGCAUCAUACGCAAGUCGGAGAUUACCAAUACCGAUGUCCAUUCCCAGUAUAAUCGAAGUGCCGGAAAAUGAGAGUAGUGGCUUAAGCAGUUUAAGCAUGGAUAACGGUUAA